AUGGCUCCCAAAGUUAAGCAUCAAUGCAAGGGUAAGGGCAAAGGAAAGAAUGUUGACGACCGUUUCGUUAAUGAGGAAGCCCGUAAAAGGUAUGAGGGGGCAAUCCAAAGAAAGGAUAAGGGUAUUAUUCCUGAGCGCGGAUUGACCGCGAGUCAGGCCUUGGAUUGGAGUAGAGGGAGACGUUGGGAGAUGUUUAUGAGUGCUCCUGCACAACCGGCUGUAAAGCCGCUAGUAAGGGAGUUCUAUGCCAAUCUCCCGAAUUGUCCGGAAGGUACAGUUUUUGUAAGAGGGACUGAUGUGCCAUUCACGGAAAGGGUGAUCAAUGAGUUCUAUAACCUGCCUGAAAUUCUCACGGAUGAGUAUGUGAAGUUUAAGAGAUCACAGUUUGAGGACAGUGUCAUCCCUCUGUUUGGGGGUUGUGAGAAGGGCAGAAANUCCAGUGAUGAAAGCUACCAAAGCCGGGAUCUGGAAAAGGUAUCCCAACAAGUUGCAAAGCCCCUUUAUGAUGCAAAGGUUCAGCCAACCACUUUAAUACCAAAGCAAAUUGGUAACACAUACACAGCAUCUCUAUAUUCAGCAUUGGCUUCCCUUAUUCACAACAAGCACACUGAACUGGCUGGCAAACGGGUGGUAUUGUUUUCAUAUGGUAGUGGUUUAACUGCUUCAAUGUUCUCUUUGAAACUCAAUGAAGGUCAAAAUCCCUUUAGCUUGUCGAACAUUGCAUCUGUGAUGAAUGUUGCCGCGAAGUUGAAGUCAAGGACUGAGUUUCCUCCGGAGAAAUUUGUUGAGGUAUUGAAGGUAAAUGAACAUAGGUAUGGAGCAAAGGACUUCCAGACGAACAAAGACAUUAGCCUUUUGGCUCCAGGAACAUAUUAUCUCACCGAGGUUGAUUCAAUGUACCGGAGAUUCUAUGCUCAGAAGGAUGCUGAGAAAACCAGCUGUGAGAAUGGUUCACUUACCAAUGGUCAUUAGUAGUGAAGCAACUGUUUGUGGGUGUCUUGUUAGAUGUAGUGGCUCACUGGAUGAUGUUGACGUUAUUGAAACUAUCCCAGAUUCCAUAAGUUUGUGAUGUUUAAAGCAAGUGUAGUUUGUUCAUCAGCUCAAAUCUUUUUCUUUUUAAUAAAAGCUCCUCUAAAUCCUCCUCUAGUUUAACCAAAGUAGU